AUGUCUGAGAGAGUUGGACUGAUCGGGGACGACGGAGAAUCCACUGAGAUGCCCAUGUCUCGCGGGAUGAAAAAUAAAACGGAGGACCCUCAGCAUCGCUCGACCGAGGUGAUGUGUAGCGACUACACUGUCGGAUGGAUCUGCGCGUUGUCUAAAGAGCAGACUGCCGCGACGGCUAUGCUAGAUGAGAUACAUCCUGAUCUCCCUAAGCCGUCCGAUGACCCCAAUACAUACACACUUGGGUCUAUCGGCAAGCACAACAUUGUCAUAGCCUGUCUUCCUAAAGGAAGGAUAGGUACCAACUCAGCGGCAGCCUUCGCGACCCAAAUGGCGCGCACUUUCCCAUCCAUCAGGGUCGGUCUGAUGGUAGGCAUUGGUGGCGGUAUCCCUCCCAAAGUCAAACUCGGGGAUGUCGUUAUCAGCGCUCCUGUGGACCAAUAUCAAGGGGUCGUUCAAUGGGAUCUGGGUAAGGCAGAGCAGGGUGGGAAGUUCAGGCGUACCGGUGGUCUAAAUAGCCCCCCAAGCGCACUGUUGACGGCUUUGACCAAAAUGGAGACUAGGAGCAGGCUCACUGGAAAUAAUCUACCUCGGUAUCUAGAGGACAUGGGGAAAAGAUGGCCGAACCUAGUGCCCGAGUACAGCGGACCGCCGUCAUCAGAGGGCACCUGUAUUUCUCCAGCCAAUUCUCAUAGCACACGAAACAGGUCGCGAUUUACCUUUUCUGUCAUUUGGGAUAUGAUAUUGGCCCUUCUUGGCUACCUCCUGGGCCGGCACAUAUUAGCCCCCCCGGAUCGUGGUGGCGAAUUGGUUCAGUUGAACGUGACUCCAAGGAAGCAGGAAGUUAUUGGCGUGCAUUAUGGCUUGAUUGCAUCCGGUAACCAAGUCAUCAAAGAUGCGAAAUUUCGUGACAGUGUCGAUGAGAGCCUCGGAGGAAAUGUGCUGUGUGUUGAAAUGGAAGCAGCAGGGUUGAUGAAUGACUUCCCCUGCCUUGUCAUCCGGGGAAUAUGUGAUUAUGCCGACUCACAAAAGAACAAGAUUUGGCAGGAAUAUGCUGCAGCUGUGGCAGCAGCAUGUGCGAAGCAACUUCUAGAGUAUGUACAGUCGAGUGAUGUCGCCGGGGAGCGCCCCUUGAAGGAUAUUCUAAGCCAAGUUGGCGAAACUACCCGGAGAACCGAGGCCCAGGUCCAAAAAAUGAGUCUCAAAUUGGAUAAAAAGGAAGACAUUAGGGUGCUCAAUUGGCUUUCGGCAGUCAACUACGGUCAUCAACAGAGUGACAUCCUGAAAAUGCGACAACGAGGAACUUGCCAGUGGUUUUUAGAAUCGGCUCCGUAUAAGAACUGGCGAAGCGUUCGUCAACAGACGUUAUUCUGCCCAGGUAUUCCUGGAGCAGGAAAAACAAUCAUGACCGCAAUUGUUGUCGACGACCUCUACAGAAGCUUUUUUGAUGACCAGACUGUUGGAAUUGCGUAUGUAUACUGCAACUUCAACCGACAAGAUGAGCAAAAUAUCAACGACCUCCUCGCAAGUCUAGUCAUGCAAUUAGUCCAGGGCCGGCCUUCCAUACCAGAUAAUAUUCGCAAUCUUUACACCCGAAAUAUGAAGAGAGGCACAAGACCUUCAUUCGAUGAAAUCUCCAAUGCCUUAUUGUCUGUGGUGGCUUUGUUCUCAAGAGUCUUCGUCAUCAUAGACGCGCUAGAUGAAGGUCAAGCAUCCGAUGGACGCGUGUCAAUAUUUCUGUCCGAAAUGUUCAAGCUGCAAGGCGCAACAGGAAUCAAUUUCUUUGCUACAUCAAGACCUAUCCCAGUGAUUGAAGAGAGGUUCAAGGGAUGUCUUACACAGGGCAUAUCAGCAUCACAAGACGAUAUCAGCGUUUAUCUCGACGAUCAUAUUACUCGCCUUCCAGGGUUUGUCCAAGAAAAUCCAAAUUUGCAAAUUGAGAUCAAGGGCGAGAUUAUAAAAGCAGUGGAGGGAAUGUUCUUACUUGCUAGGCUUCACCUGGACUCUUUAAUUGGAAUCAAAUCAACCAAGGCAAUUCGAAUUGCUCUACAGAAACUUCCGAAGGGAUCAAAUGCAUACGACCAUGCAUACGAUGUGGCCAUGAAAAGGAUCAAUGGCCAAGUGCCUUCUUCUCGGGAAUUAGCAGAGCAGACUCUCUCAUGGAUUACCCGUGCAAAGAGGCAGCUUUCUAUCACAGAGCUUCAGCACGCGUUAGCGGUAGAAUUGGGAACACCCGAACUCGACGAAGAGAACAUUUCACAAAUCACCGACAUACUCUCCGUCUGUACUGGUUUGGUGACAGUUGACGAAGAGAGCAACAUUAUACGACUCGUACACUACACGACGCAAGAAUAUUUCGACCGAACAUGGAAACAUUGGUUUACAGAUGCAGAGGAUGAGAUUACAAAGACUUGUGUCACUUAUCUUCUGUUUCAUUCAUUCGAGAAAGGGCCUUGUCAAAACUCCGACGAGCUUAAUGAGAGACUGCAAGUUCAUAAGCUCUUUGACUAUUCCGCAAACAAUUGGGGUCACCAUGCUCGCGAGGCGUCGGCUGUACACCCAAAAGUCAUGGACUUCAUCGCAUGUAAAAUGAAGUUUGAUGCGUCAAAUCAGGUAUCACUGCGGGCUAGAAAGCGGAACGGCUUUCGACCCCUUGCACCCGCCCCCAAAGGAGUGACAGGCCUACACAUGGCAGCUUACUUUGGAGCAAAGGAGCUUGUGAAACUAUUGAUUGAACAACGCGUCAUUACCAACUCACAGGAUGGGGAUGGCGACAAGGCAAUUACUAGGGCGCAACUUGACAAAAGAGCCGUUAUAGAUGAAGACGAUAACGACGGGCGAACGGCCCUAUCAUGGGCAGCAGAGGCUGGACACGAGGCAGUGGUCAGACUCCUCCUUGACGAGGGUGCUGAUAUAGAGAAAAAAGACAAUGGCUCUGAUCUAGUUCCGACAGUGUGGCUUCUAGCCGGUGUGAGUCAUACACACGAAGUUCACACUGGUCAAACACCGUUGUUCACGGCAGCCGGAAAUGGACACGAGGCAGUGGUCAAACUCCUACUUGAGCGGGGAGCUGAUAUAGAAGCAAAGAGCAGUACUGGCAGAACAGCGGUUACAUGGGCUGCAGAAAAUGGACAAAGCGCAGUUGUCAAGCUACUAGUCAGCAAAGGGGCUGACAUGGAGGCAAGAGAUAAAAGCUUUGCACAAGCCUCAUCGUCAGCCGAAGCACAGAAAGGAGUUAAUAUCCAACAAGUCAGCGCUGGUAUGACACUACUGACACGGGUAGCACGGAAUGGAAACGAGGCAGCUGUCAGGGAGCUACUUGACCAAGGAGCUGAUAUGGAGGCAAGAGACAUAGGAUUUGGCCGAACACCGCUGGUGUGGGCAGCGCGGAAUGGACACAAGGGAGUGGUCGAACUACUGCUGAGCCGGGGCGUUGACAUAGAAGGGAAGGACAACGGCGGCGCAACGGCGCUAUCCCGGGCCGCAGACAAUCGUAGGGAGGAGGUGGUCAAACUACUACUCGAAAACGGUGCCGACCUUAACACAAGGAACUGCAAUGGCCAGACACCACUAUCAAUAGCAGCAGGAGAGUGGGGAGGCACAUUUAGUCUCAAGUUUCUCCUCAAGCACGGGGCAGAUGUCGAAGCUGCGAUGCAUGGCGGAUGGACACCACUUAUUUGGGCGUCACAAUACAAUCAGCUGGAGUCAGUCAAACUACUCCUUGAGCACGGUGCUGAUAUCAGAGCAACGAACGAUCAUGGAUGGUCACCACUAUAUGCCGCCUCAUGCCAUCUGGAGAUUGUCAGAUUGCUGCUGGACAAGGGCGCCGACAUGAUUGAUAUUGGAGCUAAAGACGGAUGGACGCCACUACAUAGAGCCUCGUCUCAUGGUCAUACCCAAAUUUGCGACUUGCUAUUACAGAAAAAGGCAGACAUGGAAUUGACAGAUCACCAGCAUCGCACGCCACUAUACAUGGCCUCAGAAAAUAGUCAUUCCGAUACGGUUAAACUACUCCUCGAGAAUGGAGCUGAUAUUAAUGUCACAAGCAGCGACGGAUGGACGCCAGUGAAUAUGGCUUCAAGUCGUGGUCAUCUUGAUAUAGUCAGGCUUCUGCUUGGGUACAGUGCCGAUACUACAAUUGGAAACGAUGCUGGGAUAACACCUCUUCAUUCUGCAUCUCUCAACGGAUACCCUCAGAUAGUGAGGACUCUUCUCGAUCAUGGUGCGGAACCCACCCUUGCAGAUAAGAAAGGAUUUGCACCUCUGCACAUGGCUUCAGAAAGCGACCAUCUUGAGGUGGUCAAGCUAUUCCUCGAGGCUUCAAAAGCUAGCCUUGAGGUCCAGGAUAAAUGCGGUCGGACACCUCUCUUCAUCGCUGCUGCUAGAGGUCGGACCGAAAUCGUACGGUUGCUUCUUUUAUAUUCUGCUCUUCCGAACGCGCAUGACCGCUAUCAAACGACAGCGCUCUUCGCGGCAAUCCGGAACGGACAUGAAGAAGUGGUUGAAGCUCUACUUCCCUUGACAGAUAUUACAGGCCACUUUGAGGACGGUCUUGGGCGGAGUUUGGCCUGGUGGGCGAUGAAGUCCGGGUGUGUCAAAAUCAUCAACCUUGUGCGGCAAUGGGCUCAGAAAAUGGAUAUCGAGAUUUGCGAGAGUGACCUCAGUGUUGAGUCCUCUUCAGUCUCAUCCAAUGAACAUAGUAAAUCGUGCGAUGUGUGCACCCGCUUUAUGACGUCUGAUCGCGCAUACUACCAUUGCAAAGGUUGCAAUGGGUUUGAAAUAUGUCAGGAAUGUUCUGAAAUCGGUAUUCACUGCCUCGAUAGCUCUCAUGAGUGGAUCCUUCAUAGCUCUGACGGUUUGGCAUGUGCUUGA